AAACACAACUCAUGCAGAUUACACUAUAGUUCAUGCCUUUUUAUGAUUUUUAUUUUUACUGGCUACAGAUAACAAGUAGAUUGGAAUUUUACCUACUAUUUUGGAGCAGUUGACUUGUAUCCAACGAAAUACCAUCAAAUGUGUUUGAGUUCUUGACCAUUAUAAUUGAACAUUUUUUUUUUUACUUUUUAACCCUAAAAUUUUUUGUUAAAUUUAUCUUGCCCAAUUAUUUAUAAAAGGCUUUAAGUUAACUUAUACACAAUUUUUAUCUUUUAACGUAUAACUUUGUGUUUCAAGUGUAUAUUUUAUUUUAAAGACUUUUAUAUUGUAAAUAAUUAGGAGCAAAAUGUUAAGGCGUGCCUACCUUACGAUUAUAACAACGAUAUGUUCGUGGUUCAAGACAAAAGAAACCAAUUCGGAUGAGGAAAUGGAAGAAAUCCAAGAUAAAAACAAAAAUAUUGACCCCAAACUUCAAAAACUUCCCAUUAAAGAUGUCAAAACAUCUUGGAUUCUCUUCAUAACUACUAUUAGUAUUAGUUUAGGGUGUUCUAUUCCUACCGGUUAUAAUAUAGGAGUUGUCAAUGCUCCUGCCGGGAUUGUAAAAAGUUGGUGUAAUGAUACCAUUUUACAUCGAUAUGCAAUAGAAUUAACUAAAUCUCAAAUAGAUAUAGUUUGGUCAAUACUGGUAUCAAUAUUCUUGAUUGGUGGAAUUGUUGGUGGCGCUGCUGGAGGGAAUUUAGCAAAUGCUUUGGGCAGGAAAGGUGCAUUAAAUCUUACAUUUUUGUUGAACGUUUUAUCUGGAAUUUGUUUUAUAUGCUGUAAACCAUUAGCUCUAGUCGAAUUAUUUUUUUUGGGAAGGUUGAUUGCAGGUUUAGCAGCUGGUCUGACAAUGGCUAUGGUACCAAUGUACUUAUUAGAAUUAGCACCUUUAGGAAAAGAGGGUGUAUUUGGAGUAAUUUUCACUGUUGGUCUUAACUUAGGAGUGCUUUCUUCUCAAGGUUUAGGAUUGGAAAAUCUCUUAGGUAAUGACUAUCUAUGGCCAUAUUUGUUCAGUCUAUAUGCCGGAGUACUAUUAAUAGUUGUUCCUACAUUACCAUUUGUUCCUGAAAGCCCAAAAUAUUUAUACACAGUACGUGAUAAUUAUAGAAAAGCAUUAUCAGAAUUAAGUAAAUUAAGAGGAUUACCAGAAUCAGCUGUCAGUUGGGAAUUAGAUAACCUAAAUGUAUCUAAUGAAACUUGGACACUAAAAAAAGUUAUAAGUAGUCCAGCAAAUCGAAAAGCAUUGAUGAUAACUUGUAUUAUAAUGAUUGGUCAACAAUUUUCAGGAAUCAAUGCUGUUUUUUAUUAUUCGACUGAUAUUUUUAAGAAUGCUGGAAUGAGCAAUACUGCUGCUCAAUAUGGAAAUUUAGGAACUGGAUUAAUCAACUUCAUCGUAACGCUCGUGUCUACUUCAUUUAUUAAUAGUUUUGGAAGAAAGUCAUUGCUCAUUUUUAGUUGUAUGACUUGUGUUUUAAUGCUUACUGGUUUAAUGGCUUACAUGGUUCUUUCAUCCAUGGAUGCUAUAACUGGAUUAUCAUAUCUAUCAGUAGUCUUCAUUGUUGGAUAUGUGUUAUGCUAUGGAGUUGGACUUGGACCUAUUCCUUUUUUCAUUGGAUCAGAAAUGACUGAUGUUGGACCCAGACCAAUCAUUAUGGCAGCAAAUAGUGUUGCAAAUUGGUGCGGUAAUUUUAUUGUUGGCCUAAUGUUUCCUAUAAUUUCACUUGCCCUUCAACAGUAUUCAUUUUUACCAUUCAUUGCAUUUACUACUUUUAUAAUUGUAUUUACUUGGAAAUGUGUUCCAGAAACCAAGCCUCCUUCUGAAUAAUAAUAAAUCUAAAAUUAUCAAAGUUAUUUAAUAUAUGAGAUGUAUAAUAAUUGUUAUUGCUGCUAUAUCUUACUCGUUUUACCAUUUAGUAUUGACUCUUUUUGGUAAAAUAGUUUAUUAUCAAUUUUAUUACUUAUGUUACUGUUCUUCUUAUUUUAUAUCUGAAUUAUUUUAUUUUUAGUAAAUAUUUUAACUAGUAUUAUAUUUUUAUAUUUUAUUUUAUUAUAUUAAACAUUUACGUUAUUAUCUAAUAUAUAAAUGAUG